AAAGCCUUGUCGGCGGCCAUUUUGUUCGUUGCUGAGUCACCAAAAGGUGAAAAAUGUAGUAUGUACUCCCCACGAGACUUUAUAACGGUAUUGGGCAUUUCCCUCGUGAACACAAAAUUUGGGUUUCAUGUUCCCUCGUCCGCAGCGUGGAAACAAAAAUAUUUUUUUGAGUGGAUCAAUUAUUAUUUUCGAAUAAAAGUAAUUCAAAUAUACUACGAAAACGUUGAGAAAUUUAAUUUUCAAAAAGUUUUUCGAGUUAUGACGGAAGUUUAUGUUGUGGAGUCAGUUGUUUGAAACUCAUGGAUGAACACACUCGAGUGUAAUCAAUUCUUGGCCGCAUUGUAUGUUCGAGGAUCAAAAUAAAAUAAAAACUACUUAAUAGCAAAGUAGCUACGCGUGUGAAUUGUGAAAAGUGUUUAUGCUGUCAAACAAUAUAGUGAUAACUCAGUAUUUAUUCCAAAAAGCCGAAGUUGUCAUGGGAAUUGACUUCAUAUAUCAGCCCUAAUUGUCAGGAUGUAGCUUGUGCUAUGAUAAUAUAACGUAAAUAACACCCAGACUUUGAUUUUAGUGCAAUUAUCUUGUGUUUGUCAAGAUGACAGAAACUAUACCAGCAGUAAAGAUCAAAACCGAGCGGCCCGAUGAAGCUGAAAUUAGGGAACUGGCCGCGAAGAUGGUGGAGGCCAAUAAGGCAAAGGCAUUGGCGGCUUCAGUCGCAGCCGCGCGGCCGCCUCCUGGCGCCCGGCUCGGUGGUGCAGCCCCCGCAGUUGGCGGUCAAAUGGGCAUUUUAAACUUCUUAACACGCAACCAAAAACCUGGCACGCCGUCUACAACGGAGCAGAGGCCAGUUAGCGAUGAUAAAAAGACGCCUGCACCAGAUGAAGCCAGCUGGAAGGGUCACUUCGGCUGGGAUAUGCUUGGCAAGUGUCACAUUCCCUACAUCUACCGGUCCGGAGAGAAGUACGUAGCAGUACGUAUGGUGGAAAUCAAACUUCUUAACAAGUACCUGAACUAUCUACAUGCAGAUAUCUACUCGUGUACCUGCAUACGAAGUUAUUACAUCACAGAGAUAGAGGCAUUGCUGUUGAAUGAAAUCAAUAAUCGGCAUUGUGACAGUCAGUUUGGACGGGAGCCAUUCACUCAGAAGGACUUGGUUGUGAGACUAUCGGACGCAGACGAGUUCUAUAAUUUCUUAGAUGUGUGUUACAAUAAGUUGUUACGUGGUACAACAAAUAAUAAAGACAAAUGUGGUUUUAUCAGGAUAAAUAAGGAAUCAGUGGUUCCAUAUACAGUGCGAGACAAUCAAAAGUUUGUGCCGUUGUUCUAUUUUGAAGGUGAAACGGACAAUUUGAAGUUGAAAGCCGAUCAGCUCAAGGGCUGGGACUUGUCAUAUCUUAAGUUCUGUUGUAAAGUGCAAGGCAUUAGGAAUGAACUGUUUGCGAGUGAAACUUGCUCAGUGAUUAGUUUAACAGACAUUAAGAGUUAUUUCCCACCUGGAACAGAGUUUGAGGAAUAUUGGCCGAACAAAGUUGUGGAUUCACAGCUGCUAAUCUCCGCUAAAGGCUCCGUGUCCGGCGGCGGGCAGUGGACGCGCGCGCCGCCCGCACCGCCGCCCGGCGUGGCGGGCGUCACGGGCGCGGCGCUCAACAACGUUCCGUCCCGCGGCCGCCGGCCCGCGCAGCGCCACUCGCCGGCCUCUGCGGCCAUGCAGAUGCCCCAUGCUGGUAUAUCGGCUGCGGCCGUGCAAGCUCUGGCCAAUGGCUGGACGCUGCCCGGUACGCUGACGCAGGCGCAGACGCAGCAAGUACUGCGGUUGGCUCAGGCUCAAGUUGCCCAAGCGCAAGCCGCCGCGCGUUACAACAACGCGGCGAUCGCUGCCGCGGCGGCGAGCAUGCCGCAGCACCGAUCGCACAACCAGAGAACUGUACAGUUUCCGAACAGUGCAAUAACAAUGGCGAUGGGUCAGCAACCGCCCCCUCCUCUGGUGCGAAUUUCGGAAAACUCCACCAAUAAUAUGAACGUUUCCCCGCAAGUGAGCGGCAACAUGAAUGGCCACUCAACCUCUCACGCGGCGGACACGCGAAAGCGGCUCACGCCCAUACCAGACAUCAGCACAAUUGGCAACCAUACGCCGUAUAAGGUCCAGAAAGCCCUAGUGGAGAACACGAUGGUGCCGUGCAUCAACGCGAAGCCCUACCAGUACACGGAGCUGCUGAUGACGCUGCCGGACCUCGCGAGCCACUUCUUCCCGCGCGUGUCGCUCACCACGUGCCGCGCGAUGCUCGACGCGCUGGGCCUGUCGCUGUACCGACCCAACUCAACGCAGUUGCAAGUGCUGCGCAACUCGGGCAAGUGCAAAUCUGCUGCAGCCGGCGAGAAUGGCAUGGCCCUUGUUCAGAUACGUGAUGUGAUGCAACACAUGCCGCAGUUCAAGUAUAUGCUACGGUCUGGUCUAGCGGCAGAUGAGCCCCCGCACCAGCCCCCGCGUCCGGCCCAUGCCCCACAGCCGUCCCAUCAGGCGAAGCGGGCAAGGGCCAACUAGUAUACGGAGUGGCGGGAACCGUGGAGUGAUCAGUGAACAGUAUGAACAUUGUGGAUAGUGCAGUGAACAAUACAUGCCGCAGUUCAAGUUUAUGUUACGGUCUGGUCCCGCGCCUGGCCCAUGCCUCACCAAGCAAAGAGGGCAAGGGCCAAGUGAUCAGUCUGCCGGAACAGUGAAGUAAACAAUGUCAACAUGUGCGGAGUGUGAAGUGAUGGAACAUAUCACAGCGACUAACGUUUACUGGUUCAGUCUGUAUCAUAGUAUUUAGUGCGGAAAAAGUGGACUCUUAGUGAUGAGCGGCGUUGUUGGCUGACUGCGUCUGAAGUAUAGGAUCAGAACUGCAGCUCUGUAUGCAAAACAACAGAAACAAAUUUAAUUAGUCACCAAAUAACACAUUUGAGAAGAGAUCAGGCCACAGAUGUAAAUAACAAGACCAGAAACAUUUGCAAAUGAAAGUGAUGCAGAUGUCUGUACUGUAAUAGACACACAAAUGCAGUAAGCCCAUAUUAAGUCUCUAAAGAUUAUCUAUGAUGCUUAAGCCACUGAAUAAAGUUCACAGUCCAGAAUAUGCAAUCAAAAAAUUCUUAUAUGUGUUCAUAUAAAACAGUUAACACUUUUAAUAUAAGAAACAUGAUGGGGCUUAUGAGUAUUUCUACAAUAAUAGAAAAUAUAUGUACAGUAAAAUAUUAAGGACAUGCAAUAGCAUGACCUUGCACUACAAUCAAAUACUACAAUAAUAUACUUAGUAAUAAAGUUAACUUAUUAAUAAUAAAGUUAAUAAAUGUAUCAUCAGAAUAAUAUAAAAAGUUGCCAGUAUAGAGUUGUGCGACGUUAAUCAAGAAAAACAUUCUUAUAAUUAUUAAUACAGCCUUGACACAGAUGGUGACUGUAAUAUAAUUAUACAAAGGAAUGAUUUUGUGUCGAGAAGAUUCACUGCCAGCUUUCACAUUGUCUGGAUGUACCGCACCAAGUGUUUUUCGCUAAAGGGCUUCCGAGAAACCCACUCGAUGUGAAGUGUAGGAACUAUAUUGGUAAAUAAUUAAGAAACAAGUUUUUCAUUCUGUAAAAAUUGUACGUAUGUAAAUCGGAAGUAUCUUAUUUAUAACGAUCUACUAGUAACUAUUUGAUAGAAGACUGAGAGUUUAUUUUUUAAUUAUUUCAUAGAACAAUAUGUGUUUGUGAAUUCAUAGAUUGUUUUACUAAUAUAGUUAUGUAUUUGGUCAGUCGGAAAUAUGUACAUGAUAUUUGUAAAUAUUGCAUGUAGAUAAAUUAACGUCUUCUAGAUUAUUACCUGUCUCGUUGUCGCAUAAAUAUGAGCAUUAUUUUACUUAGUGCUUCAGCUGUGGCAAGGGCAAAUUAUAGGGUUUUUAAGCUAUUGCAUAGCUUCUAUCGCGGGCCUUGAGCGCGGGGACCGAAUCGAGAAAUUCCGUAACGAAAAAACCUCACGCUCCCCACUCCGACGGGCGGAGGUGUGGCUUGAAGGCAUAGCAUGCAAUAGCUUUACCGCGGCAGUCCCUGAGUGCCACACAUCGUUUUUUAACAUUGAUUGUGAUGUGAGUACUAACAUGCAAGAUAGUGAGACUUCUGUACUAUGAUGUUGUAGUAAAAUGAUUUUACUCAAUGUUAAUAAGCACAUGUGUUAAGUAUCAUAAGUCUUAUGCUAUUGAGCAUGAUUAAAGUAUAAUAACACCA